GGUAUCAGAAACAGAUCAUAACAAAUAAUGGGAACAGAUCAAUAGUUUCUUCGAAAUGAUGUUGAAACAACGUAAACUAUGGUCCUCAUACGAUGUUAUCAAAAGAUGUAGAUGUAGAUAAAUCUAAGGCGAAAUUAGUUCGGCAAUAUAAAAACCAUAUUGAACGUGUGUUUGGAAUAACACUGUCUGCAUGGUCACGUUUGUAUGACCAAGCAGAAAAUGGGAGUUCGGAUGAAGAUGGAAUGUCGACAUUUCGAAUGUCGUCAGAAUAUUCACAGGAAAGUCUUGAAAAAGCGAAAAACUAUAUUGGGUCAUUAACAGCUGAAGGAGAAGAAGACUUUGAGAGGAUCGUGGAAGAAUUAUCACAGGAAGAAUUGAACAUGGUAUUGGAAAAUCAAAAUAUUAUAGAAAAUGAAUCUCAAGCCGUUCUGGAAUUCAUUAAAAACUCAAAUGACAUUUCUAUAUUUGGAAACUGCAAAAAUGUUAGAAUAGCACAUACUAUUUUGAAUAAAAUGAGAGAAAAAAUAAAAGCAGAUGAAUCGUGCUUUCACAUGCAGGAUUUAAUUAACCAAUCGCAUUUCAGUAUGUGCAGUGUGGACACAAUUUACAGUCAUGACAAAUCUAACAUAGAGACAAGCCAAACAGGAAGUAAUAAUAUACUAACUGAACGUCAGGAGAGAAGAAAUAAUAUACUAACUGAACGUCAGGAGAGCUUACAAACAGAUUGUUGUCCAGCCGAAAGUUUCAUUUCUUCUUCUGAUAAUUUUAAGGACUUAGGAAAUAAUUAUAUGAUUGACCAAUUAUGUAGGGAAAAUGUUUUUAGUUCACAUGACGAGGGAGACGUUACUCCAGAUAAUGAAUCUUCUAGUGAUAGAUUUAGCUACAAUUAUUGUGAAUCUGUUCCGUCACUGUCUAGUCAGACUCGGUACUCUGAACUCACUCCUCCAUUGCCAAAUUCUGAUGAUGAAAACGAUGUAGAAGUCGAUAGAAUUAUUCAAGACACAAAAAAUCGGUCUAAAAUUGAAUUUGCUCUGAAGUUAGGAUAUUCAGAAUUUGAAAUUGCAACAGUUUUAAAAAGACUUCAGCCUGAUGUUAGUCAAAAUGAAAUGUUGUCAGAACUUAUUAAAGUUGGCAUGUCAAGUUCAUUUGUGGCUGACAAUGGAGAAAGUGAAACAGAAGAGACUUAUUGUAGUUCAGAAAGUUCAGUGCCAUUUUCAAGUUACCGUGACGAUAAUGACUUCAAUAACCUUCGACCUAUUGUUAUAGAUGGAAGUAAUGUUGCUAUGAGUCAUGGGAAUAAAGAAGUGUUUUCGUGUCAUGGAAUACAGCUUGCAGUUGAUUGGUUUAGACAAAGAGGCCAUACACAGAUUACUGUAUUUGUACCUCAGUGGAGGAAAGAAUCAUCCAGACCUGAUGCAAGAAUUACAGAUCAAGACAUUUUAAAUCAAUUGGAGAAAGAGAAAACUCUUGUAUUCACACCAGCUCGUAGAAUUGGAGGGAAAAGAGUUGUGUGUUAUGAUGACAGAUAUGUUUUAAAACUUGCUGCCGAAAAUGAUGGGGUUGUUGUGUCCAAUGAUAAUUAUAGAGACUUGAUUAAUGAAAAACCAGAGUAUAAAAAAGUGGUGGAAGAAAGACUUCUUAUGUUUAGUUUUGUCAAUGAUAGGUUUAUGCCUCCUGAUGAUCCAUUAGGGAGACGUGGACCAAACCUAGAUAACUUUCUUAGUCGCCAGCCAGCAAGGUCACAGGAAAAUUUACCACCACCAUGUCCAUAUGGUUCUAAGAAAUGUACAUAUGGCAACAAGUGUAAAUAUUAUCAUCCAGAAAGAGGAAAUAUUCCACAGAAAUCUGUUACGGACAAAUUAGCCGAGCAUGCGAAACAGAAAAUACAAGAAGUUAGAGCCAAAGCUGAAGCUGGUGCUGAGAAAAAGAAACUACUUGCAAGAAAACCAAAGUUAGCAUUGCAAAGGACUAAAUCCCUGGCAACAGAGCUACCAACAGACCUUAUAUCAAGUAAAAUAGACAAGGAUUUUCAAAAACUUUCGAUGGAAGACGUUUUAAAGACAACAUCAGAAAAAGAUGACAAAUGGAAGCAAUAUGAUGAAAAACUAACUUUACAUCGUAGAAAAUUAGAACAACUAGAACAAGAAGAACAAGUAAGACAAGACGAAGAAUUAAGACGACAAAAGGAUCAGGAAUAUUUAAAUACCACAUUUUCUGGAGGAAACACAAGGUCAAAUACACCUUCUCCCAAUCGUUUGAGUCCGUCACCAAUCAGACCUCAGGAGCAGUUCUUAAGUGGUCAUCUCUUACUAGCAAAGAAAUUGUCUGAUGAAGCAAAUGAUUCUAAACUGAGAAGGACAGAUGAACAUUCUUACACAAAAAGCCCCCUUGCUGCUACCCAAUCACAACCAGUGUUAUCACAAGAACCAGCUAAUCAACAACAACCACAGCAUAAAAAACUUAGUAGACAGUAUUCACUUCAAGGUGCACAAGAUCCUAGAUUGAAGCCUAAUGUUCGUCCUCAAAUGUCCUAUGAUCCUAGUAUGAUGUGUAAACAAAGUGCUUAUCAAAGUGGUCCGUAUGAACAAUCUUCUAGUCAGUAUUCUGUUAGGCAUAGACCAUUGGACCAGUCACAGCCCUAUAAGAAUGAAGAAGAUCAUUACAUGCAUAGUGCCAGUUACAACACAGAAAGAUACAAACCAAGACCAAAAGAAAGUGAAGGCACAUACUUAUCCCCAGAAUCACAACACAUGUCAUUAGCUAGGAUGCAGAGUGCUCCAGAGGUUAUUCAUCAUAUAAGGGAACAAUCUAUUGGCAGACCCAUUGGGAAAAUGAUGAGGCAAAAUAGUUCUUCUGACACCCAACUUCAUAUCAUGGGUGGUGAGACAGACCCUUUUAAUUAUAAUUUGUUUCCUCAAAAUAAUGUUGAAAGAUCAUCAAUUACAAAAAGGCAAGACAGUGUGACAUACAAUAUCGGUGGACAAAUGCAACAAGAGCAAUAUCGUAGGUCUUCCUCAACAGUUGGACAAUAUCAUUACCAGGGGGAUCAAAUGUAUUCACAACAGCCUAAUCUGUCACAUGAUCCAUCACAUGACCCACGAUGGUCAUUCCCUGAACAAGGAUUUCAACAACCAAGCUACAGUAUAGGACCAACUUCUGACAUGCGUGAAAACCAACCCUUUUUUGGCCGGGAAAUGUCACAUGAUUUUACAUCGCUGCGAAGCAGGGGUAGUCAAAUGUGGCAGAAUCAACAUAAUAUACGACAUUCUUCUUCAUAUGCUGGACCAAGUAAUGAUCCUUUUCAACAAGCAAGACAUUCAAUUCCAUCAAGCAUGUCAAGUUCAGACUUUCAUCACAUGCAAUCACAAAUUAGCACUGAAGAAUUUGGUGCACAAUCAAGACCCAUGGGUGUUCCUAUUCUUGGUGCUCAAAGUGUUGUACCACAAACUUACCAGUCUAUCCCACCGACAGAUAAACGCUAUGCUCUGUAUUAUCAUUUAUGUGCUCUGUUUCCUGAACCUAAGGUUCGUGCUGUCAUGAACCAGUUUCCAGAUAUAGACAAUCCACAAGAGCUUUGUGCUUACUUAAUCGGUGCAAAAUAAAUCAAAAGCAUAUCAUUCAUAUUAUCUAGUCAAAAACCAUAAUAUUUUUAUUUGUGUUUAUUUUGUGUUUUUUCAUGAAUUUACAUAAGUAAAAUAUUGAUCUGUUUCAAGCUCUUUAUAUAUCAUGUCUAUUAUCUAUAAACCAUUAAAAAUUGAAAUGUAUUUUUUUCUAUGAAAAUUCAAAAAUAUUAGUUUUUUAUGAUGUGUAUUAAAUAAUGAUAUUUUCACAAUGUGAAUUAGAUGUUUUUUUCAAAAUGGGUAUAAGAU